AUGCCACUAUCUACUCCAUCAAUUCAAUCUUACUACAGUUCGUCGCCAUCUAAAUCAGCAGCUGGGGAUGGCUUCACUGCUGAGGAAAUCGCCAACGCCAUCAACCAAGCACCCCCAUCAGCACAGUGGACCCCAACCGAAGACUACAUCGACUUCGAUAUUGGUCAAUUACAGCCGGGGCCUCGGUUUGUCACCUUCAUGGGGCGAGUCGUCAACAUCUACGACUCGGUAAGGAACAGCAAGAACCAGAGAGCAGCGAAAGGCUGCUUGAAAAUCUUAGUGGGCGACGACACUGGAUGUAUAUUGGUCGGUCUCUGGUACGCAUCCACGGAGUAUCAGGUGCACAUGGGUCAACUCGUGACUGUAUACGCAUUCCACCUGUCACAUAGUCAAGGAAGUCCUCUCACUCCCAGUGCGAGCUGUGCACCUCUCUAUGCCUCAAUCUUCCCGGAGCGCGAGCGGAAAUGUCAUAUAAUGUUCCAUGACAACAGUGAUGAUGGACUCAUGUGUAAGAGGCCAUAUGGCUGCAAGGACAGUCAAGUGCUCCCAGGCCUAGUGACACUGAAAGAUUUCACCAACGGUGCCUACGACAUCGAAGACUGCAAAGUCAUAGCAUGCAUCAAAAGCAUCGGGGUGCGCAAGCGAUUCACCGGCAAGAACGGCUCACCCUGCGAAGUCGUAGGUCUCAGACUAUUCGACGAUACCGCGGAAGUAUCGUUGACACUCUACGGCGCAGCCUGCCAUUCCACCUCCCGCUGGCAGCCAUCCCAGACCGUUCUCCUCAUCUCCAGUCCAGGCUGGCGAAUCGACAGCAUCGCGAAGCUCAGCAUGAACGCCAGCACCCGCCUCGACAUAGAUCCCGACCUAGCCGACGUCAAUUGGCUCCGUUGCUUCGCACAACGGCUCAUGAAGAAGGAGCACAUCAAUCCCACCUUUCCAUCCGGACUAUGCGACGACGCCGAAUCGUCCGCUCUCCAGAUCCUCUUCUCCCUGGCGGACGUCGACGAAUGGGCUCGUGCAAACCCCACCUCGACAUUCACGGGUUGGAUCUCUGCGCUCAUCACCCAGCUCAACAUCGUCACCUACUUCAAGCGCAGGAUGCUCAUGAGCACAGAGUGCUGCGGGAUCCCGCUGUACGCCAACGCCAUUGUCGCCGACUGCCAGCAGUGCAAGCAAAGUAUGAAUCUCAGAGUCAACCCAAAGAUCCUGGGACCCAUCAUCGACGAGACGGGCAACCUAGCAAGCGGCAAGCUGAUACUAUCGGCCGAUGCGUGGGAGCAAUUGUUGGGCCGCACCGCGGACCAACUGGUCGCUAUGGACCUGGCUGGGCUAACGUACUUAGAGCAUCGAUUGAUGUUCAUACGCCUCUCCUGGGGCUUUGCAUUCAGUAAUGAUGUUGGUAGAUUGUGCGUGUGGACAGUCCGACCCUGAGGCAGAAUCAUGCCUCUUCGUUGCUUGCCUUGCAGUCAAGUCAAAGGAAAAGAGGAGAAGUGAAGAUCAGGAUCUCGAAGUAUAUCACAGCCCAGCUGAUGGGACAUUGUCAUCUGUCACUUACCACAUGAAAUCAUUUCGCAAAAAGUGGAAAACAAAGCUCAAAACGAAAA